CAACGUGCUGGUGGUGUGCGUUAUUUAGAUAGCAAUGGCGGACCUUCAGGAUGACGAACUCUACCUUCCCCGCACUGUGGUAAACAAGUUGAUCAAAGAAAUGGUUCCCAAUAUCCGCGUCUCCACUGAUGCCAGAGACCUUCUGUUGAACUGCUGCUCCGAGUUCAUUCACCUGUUGGCAUCUGAGGCCAGUGAGGUCUCCGAGAGACAGCAGAAGAAAGUCAUUUCACCAGAGCAUGUGCUGGAGGCGCUGGCUACUCUUGGGUUCCCUGAGUACAUUGAGGAUGUGAAGGCAGUUCACAGAGAGUACAAGGAACAGGCGUCUAAACAUCGUCGCCGAGGAAAGAGCCGACUGGAGAGACUCGGCAUCCCAGAGGAGGAGUUGCUACGACAACAACAACAGCUGUUUGAGGAAGCCAGACAACAACACCUAGAGAAUGAUAUGAUGGAGCAGCAGAAACUGCAGCAGGCUGCUGGCCUCCAGACCACACCCCCUACCUCGUCCCCUCACUCUGAGCCUGCCCCUGAUCCUCCCUCCCACUCUACCACUCCUGCUCUCUCCUCUUCUCAACAGGUCUUGGUACCUCAGCAGACACAAACUCCCUCUUCCUCGUCUUCCUCGCUGCAACCAGCCAGUCUGCAGGUGACGGCCUCUCUGCUCCAGACACUGGCUGCUAGUCAGGCGUCCUCUCUGCCUCAUCACCUCCUCCCUCUCACCCCCGCUGUCCUGCAGGCUGUGCAAGGAUCCUCUCUACUCCAGCAAGCCAGUCAGACGGUGAACCUCCUGCAAGCUGCCAGAGCCACGGAGCUGCUGCGACAGCAGGUGGCAGCUCAGCAGGCCUCUCUCCAGCUCCAGCUUCAGCAGCAACUGAAGACAGAGACUGAUGGGUCAAGUCGACCGGAAGACGAGGACAGUGGCUAGUCUUCAUCGCUGACUUUUGUACACUAUUGCACUCAUUUUCAUUUGCAACAAUAUUAUAUGACUGUACUAUACUUUAAGUGUGAGUCAAGUCAAGUGUAUCACUACAUAGUUCACUUGGAGCCUCUGUUGCUGGCCCUGUGUAGGCUCUCCAGAGCUCUGGCCCUCAGUUCUCUCUCUUUUUGGUCCUCUGCCACUGGAGACCGUGACCUCCUCUUGUGGUGACGGUGCUUGUGGUGAUGUCGGUGCUUCUUCUUGUGCUGGGGAAGGGAGGGAGCUAGAGAGGUCAGGUGAACAUUGGACCAUUGGUUCUACUGAAUAUCAGAGAAAACAUAAUUAUAUGUACUCUUGUGUAGAGGAUGGACUGUAGCAAAAGCCAUCAAACUUCAAUGUAUGGGUAUAAUGCUUCAUGCAACAAUGCCCUCCAUUUGCAACUCUGUGUCAUGUCACACCCAUACUUUUGAACCUACACAAGACUUGGUUUAGUAUCCUGGCCUCAGAACCUAGUAGAGCCCACCUUUCUCUCAGUAUCGUGCUCUUCCUCAGAGUAGCUGUCCCUCUCUCUGCUGGGCACGGGUGACACGUGUCUCUUGUGCUUCCUGUGGUGUUUGUGUUUGCUCCUCUUCACCUUCGCUGGAGGUGGCGAUGGGGAGGGGGAGGGGCUUGAGGACGAGCUGCUGUCACUUUCACUGACAGAGUGUCUCCUGUGUCUCUUUCUUCCUUGCCGUCUGUCAGUUGGAGACUCAGCUCUGCGACCUGCACAGUCAGUAUAUACACAUUACCAUGUGUGCAACAAUCACAGACACAUUUGCCUGCCUACUAAAACCACUUCUUCAGA